CUCGUUUCCCCUUACGGAAAAAUAUCGUUUCGUCUUUCAGUAUCCCUGCAAUUACACCCGCUGACAUUGACCCUUGGUAAUAGUGGAAAGGGUGGGGAACGGUUUGGGCAUUCCUUCACAUUCCUUACUUUCCCACCUCCACGUACAAGAUCACCCUUGUCAGUCCACUGAGCGCCUCUUUACUGUCCAUAUGUCGGGCAAUGACACUGAGACUGAACCCUACCUGUUCGUCGAGAAAUGUGGCUCCACCCGAGGGAAUCCAAUAUAUGUAAUCACAAACGCUAUCAACGGUUAUGCGAGUAGGACGAGGGAAAUUAGAUGUAUGGAUUUAGGUGGCGAAGCUCUCGGUUCUUACAAGGCUCGCCAAGGAGGCUGUACGCAUAUACAGUUUUUCAAUCAGCCUGAAUAUCUCAACUGUACUGGGUGUGGCAUGGAGUUUUCCAAAGUAAUGCUUCGCCAGAAUGCCUACAUCGAGAUCAAAGGCCUCCCUUCCUAACACCUCCAAUGCUCGGUCACCAUUCUCAUCCGCUAUGAUCGCUAUCCUCGUUGCUCUGUGGAACAGAUAUAAAUAUCUAUACCUGGAAUAUUCC